AUGCAUAUCCAGAGUGUUCUCACUGCCGUUGUGGCGCUUUCCGCUGUCUCGGACGCGGCCAUCCUCCAGCCACGCAAGUCACCCUUCUCAAGGGCGUUGAAGAAGCGCCAGUUCGGAGGCAAUCGCUUUGGAGGAGGCUUCAACGGCGGUGGCUUUGGCGGCAACAACGGCGGCUUUGGCGGCAACAGCGGCGGCUUUGGCGGCAACAACGGCGGCUUUGGCGGCAACAACGGGGGCUUUGGUGGGAACAACGGCAACAAUGACCAGAACAACAACAACGGCGACAAUGGCCAGAACAACAAUGGCGACAACGGCCAGAACAACAAUGGUGAUAAUGGCCAGAACAACGGCGGCAACGGCCAGAACAACAACGGUGGUGGAGGAGCCCAGCUGGACCCCAAUGUCAUCCAGAGUGCUUCAGCAAGCGACGGUGGUGCUGAUCAAGCAUCGGGACAGUCUCCCUCCCAGACGGAUGACAACAACUUCAUCAACUUCUGCCAAGGAUCGACUUUGACCAACGGCGAGCAGAACGAAGGAGGUUCCUGCAAUGGUAUCCCCAUGGGCAAGAUUCCCGCCGUCAAUCGCAUGGUCUCUGCCAUCUUCACCCAGCCCCAGAACGGUGACACCAUUGCCCCCGACACCGACUUCACCAUCUCGGUGCAGAUGCUCAACUUUGCCCCCGGCACCUUCACAAACCCUGACAACACGUACUACUCUGCCCCCCAAGACCUUGAUGGCAACGGCAACAUCAUUGGUCACACCCACGUUACUGUCCAAGAUCUCGGGGGCGAUGCUAACCCAACGAACCCCCUCGACCCCACCCAGUUUGCAUUCUUCAAGGGCAUCAAUGAUCAGGGCAACGGUCAGGGCCUGCUGUCUGCGGACGUAGCGGGUGGUCUCCCAGAGGGCAACUACCGUGUCUGCUCCCUUGUGGCGGCCGCCAACCACCAGCCUGUGAUCAUGCCGGUCGCGCAGCGUGGCGCGCAGGAUGACUGCGUCCGAUUCACCGUAUCCAACAACGGCGGUGGUGGCGGCAAUGGCAACAACGGUGGCAAUGGCGGCAACAAUCAGGGACAAGACCAGAACCAGGGCGGUGGUGGCUUUGACUUUGGUAAUGGCAACGGCAAUGACCAGAACCAGAACCAGGAUCAGAACCAGGGCGGUGAUCAGAACCAGAACCAGGAUCAGAACCAGGGCGGUGAUCAGAACCAGAACCAAGAUCAGAACCAGAACCAGGAUCAGAACCAGGGCGGUGGCUUCGACUUUGGCAACGGCAAUGACCAGAACCAGAACCAGGAUCAGAACCAGGGUGGUGAUCAGAACCAGAACCAAGAUCAAAACCAGAACCAGGACCAGAACCAGGGCGGUGGUUUUGAUUUCGGCAAUGGCAACAACCAGAACCAAGACAACCAAUUCGGCGGUGGCCAGGGCGGUGACCAAAACCAGGGCGGUGGCUUCAACUUUGGCAACGGCAACGAUCAAAACCAGGGCAACCAAAACGGCUUCGGCGGAGGCAACAACUUCUUCAACGCCGACAUUGGGCAAGGUAAAUCAGCCACCGCCACGCCCACUCCCGUCCCUGGCGUUCGACGCUUCUACGUAUAG